AUGUCGGCGACUGAAGUGGACUCGGUAUCUCUUGUGAAAAUACCCAAGCCGCCGAUUCUCCCCCUUCUUGAACGUACAGUCUCUCUCUUCGUGGCCCUCAUAUUGGCGGUAGCGAUUGCCUGUACAUGGUGGACUUGGGGGUAUCAAUGGGUAUAUGAUCCUAAGAGUGGCGAGUGGCCGUUGGCUAAGUGCCCUCCUAUACAGGAUGCUUCUCAACAUAGAGGGGUCGGCCCUGAUGGACCUAGGUGCCAGGUAUCCUUAAGGGCUUCUCCGUUAACCCUUGAGACUCUUGUUAAUGCGAGUCUUGCUGUACCGGAAAUCUCAUCACUGAGAGAGCGCAGGAAUAAGUGUGUCUUACCCUCCUUCGGGAAAGUGGAUACUGAUAUACUUUGCUAUAUGCAACAUUCGUGCAGUGACGUCUGCCAGACCUAUCAGAAUGGUCAAUGGACUCGAUGCCCCGAUCCGGACAGGCUCGAGAUGGACAGGAAAUUUGGUGCUGACCCACAAAUGUGUGUUGUUCGUGUUGGUGGUAAUGGUGGUAAAACGGUCAACGUGGAGAUGCCUUGCAUUGACGUGCUCGAUGGAGCCUAUUGUAACGAGGGUUAUACCUUGACGCCAUCCAAUGUCAUCACCAUGAGGGGCAUGGUCCUCGCAACAGUGUUUAUUACACUUUUCUGGCUUCUCGCUGAACUCCUACUGAGGAACGUGGAUAUGGAAAAUAGGAAGGAAAAAAUGCUGGGGAUGCAGAGGAUGGCCAAAGAACUGCCAGCGAAGAAGGAGUGA